AUGAGCGAUAAGUAUUUGGUGAUGGUUGGGAAAAUGCGACUGGAAGAAAUUCCAUUUUUGGAGAAGCAUCAACGACACGACGCGUUGGUGGUAGGUCACAAUGGGACGACACAAUCUGAGGUCGUGUUACUUGAGGUGAGUACUUUUGGUGGAUUCCAGCUGGAUUCGAGUUUUACUGAUGAAUGA